AUGAAACAACAGAAAGUUAUCAUCAUCGGCGCAGGAAUGGCAGGCGUGAAGACCGCCUUGGAUCUCUACAAGGCUGGAGUUCUUGACACCAUUAUACUUGAAGCUAGAGAUCGGGUUGGAGGCCGGUUGGUGUCCCACAAGUCUACCAAGAAUGCCAAAUUGAAGUACGAUUUCGGUGCAUCGUGGUUCCACGACGCAUUGAAGAAUCCACUUUUCGAGAAGGCCCAGAAGUUGGGCAAUAUCGACUACUAUUUCGACGAUAGGAAGCAUGUCUAUGUUGGUAAAGAUAGUCGAGAGAUUCCGCUGUGGAAAUUCGAAAGCAUUGUGGAAGAAAUUGGUGACUAUGCCAAUCUCGUUUUCGAGGAAAACCCCUCCAAAAAAGACAUUUCACUCCGGGAGAUUUGCGAUGAGUAUUUAGCCAAAUACGAUAAGCAUUUGAAUGAUGAUGAGAAGAGAUACGCCAAACAAGUUGUCCGCUUGUGGUCAGAACUUUGGGAUGGAAUCUCCUGGGAGGACAUGUCUGCCAAGCAGUCAAGUUACCAAUCGGGCCACUAUGGCCGCAAUGCGUUCGUGACCAAUGGUUUUGUCAAUGUCUUCAACAACGAAUUGAAUGAAUUGCCUAAGUGGUACCUAGAACACAACAUCAAGCUCAACACGCAUGUCAGAAGCAUUGACUACUCCAACCCAAAGAUGGUCACCGUCACCACUGCGUCUGGCGAGGUCUACACUGCAGACUACUUGGUGUCCACCAUUCCGCCCAGUCUUUUGAGCUUGAACGAUCCAGUAGACAAAUGCUACGUGUCAUGGAACCCACCAUUACCUCAGAGAUUUGUCGAUAUUUGGCCCGACUGUUCAUUCGGCUCUUUGGGCAAGGUCGUGUUUGAAUUUGACCAGAGCUUCUGGCCGAAGGACAUCGAGAGAUUCUACGUUUUGGCUGAUGAGGUUGAUUCAUCUGGAUCCGUUAGACCAUGGCAGUAUCCCACGCUUAUCGUCAACUACUAUGCGCUUACUGGAACACCUUCGUUGGUUUGUUUGACCCAAGAACCAGUUUCUAGACAGAUCGAGAAGAUGUCAAAGGAAGACAUUUGGAAGCUUUUCGAGCCUGUCAUCACUCAGAUUGCAAAUGGUCCCGUCCGCAAGCCAUUCCAGAUCUACAACACCCCAUGGAAUGGUGACGAGUACACUCGUGGCUCUUACUCGGCAUCCAGAUGCGGUAGUGUUGAUAACUCUGUGAUUUGUGAUACCUUGGCUGGAGGCGUGAAUGAUCGGGUGCGUUUUGCAGGAGCUGAGACUAUUGAUGGAGCAUCCAAUGGGUGUGCCCACGGAGCUUGGUUUAGUGGAGAAAGAGAAGCACGGCAUAUUCUUAGACACUCCAAGGCUUUGUCUAAAUUGUAA